UUUAAAGUUCUGAGUUCCAAGCUGAUGCCAACUGCAGAUGAUGAGAUGGCAAGGAACUGUGCCAAAUCUUUCUGCGAAAACUUCCUCAGAGCAGGAGGUCUGAGUUUGGUGGUGAAUGUGAUGCAGAGAGAUUCCAUCCCAUCAGAAGUAGACUAUGAAACAAGACAGGGAGUCUACUCCAUCUGCCUGCAACUUGCAAGGUUCUUGCUUGUUGGCCAGACCAUGCCUACCUCACUGGAUGAGGAUUUCAUUAAAGAUGGGGUGGAAGCAUUGUCCUCGCGUCCCUUCCGUAACGUCAGCCGACAAGCAAGUAGACAGAUGUCCAUCUGUGGAACACCGGAGAAAUCGUCCUACCGACAGCUCUCUGUGUCUGAUAGAUCCUCCAUUAGGGUGGAAGAAAUCAUACCAGCAGCUAGAGUUGCCAUACAAACUAUGGAGGUGAAUGAUUUCACUUCCACAGUGGCUUGCUUCAUGCGUCUCUCCUGGGCUGCUGCUGCAGGACGGCUGGACCUCGUCGGGAGUAGUCAGCCAAUAAAAGAGAGCAACACCCUAUUUCCUGCUGGGAUUCGGAAUAGACUUAGCAGCUCAGGAAGUAAUUGCAGUUCAGGAAGUGAAGGAGAACCAACAGCACUGCAUGCUGGCAUCUGUGUGAGACAGCAGUCCGUAUCCACCAAAGAUGCUCUGAUUGCUGGAGAAGCCCUGUCUCUGCUAGUCACAUGCCUUCAGCUGCGCAGUCAGCAACUAGGAUCUUUCUACAAUUUGCCUUGUGUUGCUGAUUUCAUCAUUGACAUCCUGCUUGGAUCACCAAGUGCUGAGAUUCGUCGCGUUGCCUGUGAUCAGCUGUACACCCUUAGUCAGACAGAUACAUCAGCUCACCCGGAUGUGCAGAAACCAAACCAGUUUCUCCUGAGUGUUAUCCUGAGCGCCCAGCUGCCUCUUUGGUCACCAACCAGCAUCAUGAGAGGAAUCAACCAGAGAUUUUUGUCCCAGUGUACAGAAUAUUUUGACCUGAGAUGUCAGUUACUGGAUGACCUCACAUCUUCAGAAAUGGAGCAGCUAAAGAUAAGCCCAGCUGCCAUGUUAGAAGAUGAGAUCACCUGGCUAGACAAUUUUGAACCCAACCGCACUGCCGAGUGUGAGACCAGUGAAGCUGAUAAUAUCUUAUUAGCAGGACACUUGAGACUCAUCAAAACUCUCCUUUCACUUUGUGGAGCAGAGAAGGAAAUGGUUGGUUCAUCUUUAAUUAAACCAUUAUUGGAUGAUUUUCUCUUCCGAGCAUCCAGGAUUAUCCUGAAUAGCCAUUCUCCAGCAGGCAGUGCUGCCAUCAGUCAGCAAGACUUUCAUCCAAAGUGCAGCACAGCAGAUAGCCGAUUAGCUGCUUAUGAAGUGCUGGUGAUGCUGGCCGAUAGCUCUCCUUCCAACCUUCAGCUUAUUACAAAAGAGCUGCUUUCUAUGCAUCAUCAGUCUGACCCUGCACUAACCAAGGAGUUUGAUUAUCUUCCGCCAGUGGAUAGCCGCUCCCUUUCAGGAUUCGUGGGGGUGAAGAAUGGUGGUGCCACUUGUUACAUGUAUGCUGUCUUCCAGCAGCUAUACAUGCAACCUGGUCUCCCUGAGGCCCUGCUUUCCAUUGAUGAUGGUACGGACAAUCCAGAUGACAAUGUGUUCUAUCAAGUUCAAUCCCUCUUUGGUCAUUUGAUGGAAAGCAAGUUGCAGUAUUAUGUACCUGAGAACUUUUGGAAGAUUUUCAAGAUGUGGAACAAGGAACUUUAUGUCCGAGAGCAACAGGAUGCUUAUGAAUUCUUCACUAGUCUUAUAGAUCAGAUGGAUGAGUACCUCAAGAAAAUAGGGAGAGAUCAAAUAUUUAAGAAUACUUUUCAAGGCAUCUUCUCUGAUCAGAAGAUCUGCAAGGACUGUCCCCACAGGUAUGAGCGUGAAGAAGCCUUCAUGGCUCUCAACCUAGGAGUGACUUCAUGUCAAAGUCUGGAAAUAUCACUGGAUCAGUUUGUUAGAGGAGAAGUUCUGGAAGGAAGUAAUGCAUACUAUUGUGAAAAAUGCAAAGAAAAGAGAACUACAGUGAAGCGCACAUGCAUUAAGGUAUUGCCUAGCCUAUUGGUGAUUCACCUGAUGAGAUUUGGCUUUGACUGGGAAAGCGGACGUUCUAUUAAAUAUGAUGAGCAAAUAAGGUUUCCCUGGAUGCUGAACAUGGAGCCUUACACUGUAUCAGGAAUGGCUCGCCAGGACUCGUCCUCCGAAGUUGGGGACAACGGUAGAAACAUGGAUCAAGGAGGAGGAGGCUCCCCAAGGAAGAAAGUGGCUCCUACAGAAAACUAUGAGCUUGUUGGUGUGAUUGUUCACAGUGGCCAGGCACAUGCAGGGCACUACUACUCCUUUAUAAAGGACAGGAGGGGAUGUGGAAAAGGAAAAUGGUAUAAAUUUAAUGACACAGUUGUUGAAGAGUUUGAGUUAUCUGAUGAAACCUUGGAAUAUGAAUGUUUUGGUGGAGAGUAUAGACCUAAAGUCUAUGAUCAGUCUAACCCUUACCCUGACGUGCGUCGGCGGUACUGGAAUGCCUAUAUGCUGUUUUACCAGAGAGUGUCUGAUCAGAACUCUCCAGUCUUACCAAAGAAAAGUCGAGUGAGCGUUGUGCGUCAAGAAGCUGAGGACCUCUCGCUAUCUGCUCCAUCUUCACCAGAGAUUUCCCCCCAGUCGUCACCACGACCCCACAGGCCCAACAGUGACCGUCUCUCCAUCUUGACUAAGCUCGUUCGAAAGGGAGAAAAGAAGGGACUUUUUGUAGAGAAAAUGCCUGUGCGGAUAUAUCAGAUGGUGAGAGAUGAAAACCUGAAGUUUAUGAAGAAUAGAGAUGUAUACAGUAGUGACUACUUCAGUUUUGUUCUGUCAUUAGCUUCACUGAAUGCUACUAAGGUAAAACAUCCUCAUUACCCAUGCAUGGCAAAGGUGAGCUUACAGCUGGCAGUCCAAUUCCUCUUCCAAACCUAUCUCCGAACCAAGAAGAAACUCAGGGCUGAUACAGAAGAAUGGAUUGCCACCAUUGAUGCAUUGCUGUCGAAAAGCAUUGAUGCUUGUCAGUGGUUAGUUGAGUAUUUGGUUGGGCCAGAGGGCCGGGAGCUUGUGAAGACUUUCCUCCUGGAAUGCAGCGUAAGGGAGGUGCGAGUUGCUGUAGCCACCAUCCUGGAGAAAACCCUUGACAGUGCCUUGCUUUAUCAGGAGAAGUUAAAAAGUCUGCAUCAGUUACUGGAGGUGCUACUUGCUCUACUAGAUAAAGAUGUUCCUGAAAACUGUAAAAACUGUGCUCAGUACUUUUUGCUAUUCAACAACUUUGUACAGAAGCAGGGCAUAAGGGCUAGCAGUCUUCUUCUCAGACACUCUGCUUUGAGACAUAUGAUCAACUUUCUCCUUGGCCCCAACCGGCAGAAUAAUCAGAACCGAAGAUGGAGUUCGGCACAAGCACGUGAGUUUGGAUAUCUUCACAAUACUGUGUCACUGCUUGUUUUGCACUCUGAUGUCUCCUCACAAAGAAAUGUUGCUCCUGGUCUCUUUAAGCAGCGUCCACCUCUAAGCAUCACUGCUUCAGGUCCACUUUUGACUCUCCAUGAAGAAGUAGAAGCCUUGUUAUUCCUGUCUGAGGGAAAGCCAUACUUAAUGGAGGUGAUGUAUGCGUUACGAGAGCUGACUGGAUCCCUGUCGGUUCUCAUUGAGAUGGUGGUGUACUGCUGCUUUUGUAAUGAGCACUUUUCCUUCACUGUGCUGCACUUCAUCAAGACUCAGCUGGAAACUGCACCACCUCAUGAACUGAAAAAUAUAUUCCAGUUGCUCCAUGAGAUAUUGGUUAUUGAAGACCCUUUACAAGUAGAGCGCAUCAAAUUUGCCUUUGAGACUGAAAAUGGAUUAAUAGCCCUGAUGCACCACAGCAACCAUGUGGACAGCAGUCGUUGUUAUCAGUGUGUCAAGUUCCUUGUAACUUUGGCUCAGAAGUGCCCUACUGCAAAAGAUUAUUUCAAGGAGAAUUCCCAUCACUGGAGUUGGGCUGUGCAGUGGCUACAGAAAAAGAUGUCUGAACAUUAUUGGGCUCCACAGAGUAACGUAUCCAACGAAACAUCAACUGCAAAAACCUUCCAGCGCACUAUUUCAGCACAGGACACACUGGCCUAUGCCACAGCCCUGCUGAAUGAGAAAGAUCAGUCUGGAAGCAGUAAUGGGUCAGAAAGUAGUCCAGCCAACGAGAAUGGGGAGAGACAUCUGCAGCAGGGUUCAGAGUCUCCCAUGAUGAUUGGUGAGCCUAAAAGUGACCUUGAUGAUGUUGACCCAUAAAGGAUACCUAAGAACACAAGAGCAGAUCAACUCUAAUAUUUAAUGCCUGGUACUUUUUGCAACUGGAGUCCCAUUGCUUAUGCCAUUAGAAGAGUCUGGAAGAGAAAUGGCUUUAUUAAAAUUGCUGGAGGAAAAAUUUUCCCUGAAAACUAACAGCAUUCUUCUGCCAUGAAGGCUUCAGAUGAAUAAAUGAUAUAGAAAACUGCAUCUUCACCUGCAGUAUGCUUGUGACAGUCCAGACACCGAAAAGUUUGUCAAGAAGAUUUUAUCAAGUACACAAACGCUAGUGGUUGAAUUUUUAUGUGAACAUUAAAUGAGUGAAUGUAAAACUGUUGCUUUUCUGUGAUGCUGCAAAAAAAAUUCUUUUGGUUUUUAUACAGAAAAAAAAAACAUUGCCCUUAUGUAUGGAGGGCAAUUUUUAAUCUUUCUGAUAAUACUGAAUAGGAAUAUUCAAAUUUCUGUAAAGAUGUGUGAUGACUUACAUUUCAUUGUAAAAUAUUAGUUAAAGAAUCAGUUUACAUAAAGACUUCUGUAUUUAAUAUGUCUCCCUGCUAAUUUGUAAAGCUCUUUAUGAGAAGGUUUGGUAAACUUGCUCUAAGGACAGUGACUCCUUACGGAAUGGUUUGGUGAAGGAAUUCUGGAAUAGGUUGUCUUUUCUGGUAACCUUCUGAAAACCACCAAAAAUUGGGAAGAGCAAUAAAAGAAACGUUUUGCUUUCUAGGUAUGCGGGUGUUUAUGAAAGGAUGUUGGUGGAUUUCAAAAAAAAAUUAAUGAGUAGUUUAAAAGAAAAAAAGCACUUUAACAUGGAAUUCUGUUGCAGUUUUACUCAUUAAAUUUUUUUAAUCUUUGGAGACAUAUUAAAUAAGAUGUAGUCUCAAUCAUGUGAUCUGCAAUCACUUGCUUAAUGCUUUGAAAUUACUGAGAAAGUUGGUAUUGGUUGUAUAUGAUGAAUAAUUCCUUGAGUGAGUUGAGGACACUGUUGUGCAGAUUUUAGCAGUUUUAACAUGGGGAAAGAAAGAUUUGGCUUUGUAUUUUCACUUGACCAGGCAACAUUUAAAAUACCACAGCUCCUAUUUGCUCACAACUGGAAACCAGUUGGGACGAUUUGAGCAAUUUUGUUUUCUGUGUCAAAUGCAUUUCUGGGUUUGGAUGCUAGCUUCUUUUGUGCCAACUAACUCGUCAUAUUUUGUACAUUUUGCGUUUGUCACAUUUUCUGCACUGCUUUUGCCUUUAUUUAUGGAUUCUGCCUUACUUUAAAAAUUAUAUAAAUAGACAUGCACAGAAAUGGGGGAGAUCUCUAGGAGUGCCUGGGUACCUCCAGAAUAGAUAAAUUUGCCAAGUUAAAGGCACAGACAGCCGAAAAGUGCCUUUUUUUUUUUCCUUCUUCUUCUUUUUACACACUGUUGCCGAAACAAGAAGUGGCAGCCAGCUUUUCACUGUUGUGCACCAAUAUUGAAAUUUAGCAGUCAUUUCACUGUCGGGAGUAAACAUCUGCCUUCAGCUGUACGGCUUUAUAACUUAUUGUGGGUUAAGAGAACUGUUGUCACCAAUUGCGCCUGCAAAGUAAGGGUGGCACUGGAGUGAAUCUCACUUGUUUUUUCUCCAAACAAUGUCUUCAUGAACACAUGGCAGAAUUAGCAUUUUAUAAAUGUUUCUGAUAAUGUGCUGGGACAUUUUAAAUGUGAUGUUUUAAAUUAAUUACGAAUAAAUCAUUUCUUAAGAAUACUCCCUCUACCUUUUCCCCUCCCCACCAACUACCACCAAAUACUUUGUAAUGGAUCAUAAAUCAUCAUGAGUAGUGGGUAUGCAGCGGGGAUGGUGAUGGAAGGAGUGAGUCAUGUUCUUAUGGGUUGGCACCAAUUGUCACUUCAGGUUCCUGUUAUUUCCUAUGGAAACAACAUCCUCAAUUCCUGCAGGUCCAAAGAAGCGUUGAUGGGAGAGCUGCAUCGGGAUGGCUCAUCACCACUGUAUACUUGAAACCAAUACAAACUUUUUCAUAGUUCUGCUCAUGCUUGUACAAAGUCAGUGGUUAUAAUUUGCAAUAAGAUGAUACUUGGUCAAUUAUUUUUGGUUUCCAGCUGCUGUCAUUUGAACCUGCUGAAGAUUAUUUUUUGGAAAAUAGAGUUCAACAAAACUAGUUUUUGUGUAAAUUGUGAUGCAUUUCUAUGUUGUAAUUUUUACUGCCAAUCUUUUUGGAUGAAAAUGUUUUUAUACAGCUUACAAAAUGUUCGGUGAAGAGCAGCCACAGCCUGCCUGUGAGCCUCUGGGAAGAUACUGUCCAGUUAAUACACAGACAUUUGGCACUGGAAAAAUAGGCAGUCUUGAUGAACAGUCUUGGGAUUCCUGGUCAAUGGAAUAAAGUUAUUCCUUUCACAGAA